UAUCAAGUAUUUUUGUACAACAUCUUCUGUUGUGGAACUAACCCAAAAAGUUGGGUUCAUUGGAGAUGGUAGCAUGGCAAAAGCUAUAUGCAGAGGUAUCAAAAGAAAAGGCCUGAUCAAGUAUUCUCAAGUGUACGUUUCUAGUCCGUACAUAAAAAAUUUGGACGUUUGGAAGGAACUUGGCGCCAAUGUGUCUACAGAUAAUUCGGUGGUAGCGAAAGAAGCUGAUAUAAUUUUUCUCGCUGUCAAGCCUCAUAUACUGGGCGGGGCCUUGAAGGAGUUGCAGGAAAGCCCCAAUGCUUCAAUGAUCAGAAAUAAACUUUUUAUUUCUAUUUUGGCAGGAAUAACGGUCAAUAAUCUGGAAGAAAUGUUGAGCAAAUUUGAAGGAUCUAGGGUGGUUCGAGUGAUGCCCAAUACGCCAAUGUUGAUAGGCAAAGGCUGCACUGUGUACUGCCCAGGUACCAACUGCACUGCUCAGGACUUGAAUCUGGUGAAAAGUAUCUUGGAAGUAACUGGAAUGUGCCAGUUGUUGCCCGAGCACAUGAUCAACGCUGUUGGCGCUGUGUCUGCCAGUGGACCAGCAUUCGCCUACAUCUUCAUUGAAGCCUUAUCAGACGGUGGAGUGAGAAUGGGAUUACACAGAGACAUGGCGACAAGGUUUGCAGCGCAGACUGUCAUGGGGGCUGCACAGAUGGUUUUGGACACCAACAAACAUAUGGGUACGUUGAAAGAUGAGGUUUGUUCUGCUGGAGGCCAAACUAUCGCUGGGAUUCAUGCUAUGGAGAGAUGUGCUGUGAGGGGAGCGAUAAUGGAUGCAGUCGAAGCUGCUGCACUGAAGGCAGCAGAACUUGGAGAGUGCAGCAAAAAGAAACCACAGUAG